AUGGCAUGGUUCAACAAAUGUGCAAAACGUAUUGAGGUGAAGCUUUACCCCAGUACUCUUCCGAGUUCAGCCAGUUCAUUUUUCCUCAACGAUUCGGAGAUCACCAGUCUCGAGGAGCUCAGUCGUCAAUUGUUUUUGGAGUUGCACGAUCUGCGCAAUGCCCAGGAGCGCAUCGAAUUUUCACGUACAUUGAAAGGCAAAUAUUUCAAUUUUUUGGGCUACUUUUUCUGUGGUUAUUGUGUUUGGAAAAUAUUUGUCUCUACCGUGAACAUUUUGUUCAAUCGCAUUGGGCGACAAGAUCCCAUCACUCGCGGGAUCAGUAUUGCUGUGCAUUAUUUGGGCUUUGAAUUCAAUGUGAAAUUCUGGUCUCGUCAGAUAUCGUUCUGGCUUGUCGGUAUUAUUGUGAUCACUUCGAUUCGUGGCCUGCUAAUCACAUUGACCAAGUUUUUCCAUGCCAUAGCCAGCACCAAAUCGUCCAAUGUGAUAGUCCUGUUGUUAGCUCAUAUCAUGGGCACCUAUUUCGUGUCGUCCGUCUUGUUGCUCCGGAUGAACAUGACUGCGGAGUAUCGAAGCAUUCUGACUCAGGUGUUGGGCGAUUUGCAGUUUCAUUUCUAUCAACGCUGGUUCGACGUGAUUUUCCUAGUGAGCGCGGUUUGCAGCAUCGGCUUUUUGUAUAUGGCCCACAAACGUGUCACUGAGAUGAAAGCUGAUUACAUUAGUUAG